ACACAAACCAAACGCAACCCUGGUCAGGUCUUUCUCAAUUUCAUUCCUUUUAAUUCCUAUUCCCAUUUCUACAAGUAAAAACACAAAAUACAUACACAAAUUUAUAUCUAUAUAUACACUCCCUUUUAACAAAUUCGUCAAUCUUUACAGUACCAACAAAUUCACCUCACUUCGUAAUCUGAUUCUUACUACUCAUAACCUACAUAAAAAACCCAGAAAAACCCUUAAAUAUUUUGUCACAAAUUUGAUGUUCUUAUUAUUAUCAUAAAUUUGUAUCUAUAUAUAAAUAUAUAAUAAGUAAAGUAAUGUUGAGAGUAUGGAGAUGGUAUCAAAAGUGUUUAACAGAACAUCCAGUGAAAACACAAGUUAUCAGUUCUGGUGUUAUUUGGGGACUUGGUGAUAUUGCAGCUCAAUCUGUUACUCAUGCUACUGCUCUUCGUCAAAAGUCUAAUCUAAUUUCUGAUACAGAUAAAGAAUUGCAUAUUAAUUGGAGACGUGUGGCUACAACAAGCUUAUUUGGAAUGGCAUUUGUUGGACCGGUUGGUCACUUCUGGUAUGAAGGCCUGGAUCGAUUUUUAAAGUUAAGACUCCAAUACCAACCAAAAUCCAUGCGGUUUGUUGCAACUAAAGUAGCACUUGAUGGGAUCAUUUUUGGGCCGGUUGACUUGUUUGUUUUCUUCACUUACAUGGGGUUUGCAUCAGGAAAAAGUGUUACGCAAGUGAAGGAAGAUGUGAAACGAGAUUUUCUUCCAGCGUUGAUUGUAGAAGGCGGCAUUUGGCCAAUUGUUCAAGUCGCCAACUUUCGGUUUAUACCCGUAAGAUACCAACUUCUUUAUGUCAACUCUUUCUGCUUGUUGGACAGCUGUUUUCUUUCUUGGCUUGAGCAACAACAGGAUGCUGCUUGGAAACAAUUUUUUAAAAAACUGUCUUUGAAAGAACAUGAAAAACAAGAGGGUUAACAGGUUUUCAUCUGUUAUACAUGUCUGGGAUUCUUUUGUUUCUUUUCUUUUUGUCGACACUUUUGGAAACUUUUAGGAGAAGUAUGUGCUUUUCAUCACCAUUUAAAGCAUUUUUCUUUGGCUGAAUAUCGAGUUGUAUAUACUCAAAUAGCAAGCAUAGGAAAGAUUGUUGAUCCUAAUGCAUUUUGUUCUUGUGCCCAAAUACCCGAGCACCCCAGGGUUGCUCGUGGUCCAUUAGUUUUUGUAUCAAAUGAUACUCUCUGUUUUUUGCAUUUGGUUGGUUGUUGAAUGUUGGUGUUAAAUAUAGGAACGGUUCACCUUUUAAA